UAUGUACAAACCACAGUGACCAAAACCGUAAUUUACUCUUUCUAAUUUUAGGAAAUAAAGAUACAUUUGCAGCGAGUCGAAAAAUAGCAAAGGUAUCGAGCUCCGUCUUCUCAGCGGCGAUCAGAAUCGCCGGUUUCUUCAGUCUUUCCGGCGGUAAUCUUUUAUAAAUUUUACAAAUGACAACCUAUUUGUGGAGAAAAUAUUCUGAUUACUUACACACCAAAUGGGAGAAAGAAGUCCUAUGGACCAUGGUUGAUCCAUUCAAACGCCCAAAAUCAUUUACUCCUCUUGUUAUAAUUUAUGUAUCUGCCUUUUAUACUGGAGUCAUUGGAGCUGCAAUCACCGAGCAACUGUACAAGGAAAAAUACUGGGAAGAUCAUCCUGGUGAGGCAGUGCCAAUUAUGAGACCUAAAUUCUAUGGUGGGCCAUGGAAGGUUAACAAAGGAGGUCUUCUUCCACCAAACAAAUGAAAGUUAAAAAGUAAUGAAGCUUCGAAUUUCUUGCAUAUAUAAUGUUCUUGAUAUGUCUAUCUUACAUGACUUGUACUAACUUUUAGUAAUUCUAUUCUCUCUUCUAAUAAUUUAAUUUAUCAAUUAUCAA